AUGCAAAGUAAUCUCUCCAGUCAACAGUUUCAGUCUAUGACAACUCAUCUAGAUCAUUGCCUAAAUGCGUUGCGAUUACUUCGGAACGAAGUUAUAUCUGUGCAUCGCCGAGUGAUGGAAAAUAGUUGGGAAAGUGAUCCAACUGAUGGUGAAAAGACGUUAGAAGAGAGACUUGAUUUUAUCAAUCAGAUUUAUGAUAACUUGGAAUCACACGCUAAACAGCUGUCAGUCUCAACACCUAUGACGGUUCAGAUGGAACGCUUAAGUCGAUUUCUGCAUGAUGGACAGAUCGACCCACAUACCAAUGAAUUAUACGAUAAAGCGCUGGAAGCAUCUACAUGGAUGGAAACAAAUAAUCAGUUAUUGCAAAUGUAUGCAGAAUUUCUGCGCACUGUGGUGGGUAAUCGACGGCGAUCAAUAAUGACAGACCGACCAAUAUCGUAUUCAAACUAUGGAUUAAGUUCAUCGCCGCAAAAUAUUUUUGAACAAACACUAACAGUUGUAUUAAAGGAUCCAAAUAUUAAAAAAAUUGGUCUUGUUGGACGGUAUCUGGAAAAAAGUACUCUAUCAGCUCUUGUUGAAUUCAAAUUUGGACAAGUAAUAGAUAAGCAGUAUGUCUGUUUGCUCAAAAUGCUUAUGGUUGUCAAUAGUGGACUACCAGAAUUUGUGCAGAUGAUUGCUCCUCAUGAAGAAUGGUCUUAUUUAGAUAUUGGCUCUGCUCAAGUUGAUAUUCAUAAGGAAAGUCGAUAUUUAGUAUAUCGAAAGAUGAGUGUUCAAGCAAAUAUACAUUUGAUGCAAACAAUAAUGCCUUGUAUUGAUAUUCGAAAUGCACACACACUUUCAUAUGUCCUAAACCUAUUUGCGAAAUUUUCUGGAGUAUUUGAUAUAAAAUGUCGUGUAUGCAAGAGGAUAAUGAAAGACUAUUUACCGCCGUUGAUGUUCGACCUUCGAUGUCCGAAGAAUGCAUUACACGAAUCGUGUCGGUAA